AUGAUCAUGCUCUCCCGAGAUUGGAAAGCCAAUGGUGGUACUCAGCCAGCAGGAGGAAUUCUUAUUCGUGGAUGAAAAAAAGAAACAACAAGACGCGUUUUGCUCGUUGACCGCGAAAAAUGACGAUCGCUGCGAAGUCCUCGUUUUCCCGAUUCGGUUCGUUCUCGUUCCGAGAACGGCGAGAUAAUUCGAUUAAUUGUCCGAGCGAAUCCUCGAUCGUGUCUCGUAAAUCAUCCCUUUAAUUGGCUUUUCUUCCAACUUUCCAAGCCAGUCAACGUCGCCUUGCCUCGCGCGAAUUACUAUCCGAUGGCGAUGACGAAGAACUCGAGGAGCAAGCUUAUGUUAUUGAGUUCCGAAAGACAUUUAGAAGAUUCACGGGAAACCCGGUAGGAUUCUUUUCGGUUCGAUUUUCGAGCUCGAUUUGAAUCGAAAGAACGGCGAAGAGAAAUUAAAGAACGUAUCUCUUAAAAACGGAAGGUCAUACCGAGGAAUUCUAUUAGCCUCUUGCAACGCUGUCACUGCGCGUUAUAAGUUACACCUACGGUCCUUUCAAACCAACGAUUUCCACGUCCCUUGCCUUUCUCUCGUAAGAUUACGACUUAACUUCUUUAUCGUUCAACACCCUCGUAAGAAGAAUCUUUAUAAGGAUCCUCCGGCAGGAGAUUAAAUGUUUUUUCAGUAAUUUCUUUAUUAAUUCUCAUUUCAUCAAAAUUGAUUUGAGGUAUAGAAAAUGGCUUUUCAUCUCAAACAGAGAUUGUAAAAAAUGGCGAACAAAAAGGCUGUGGUUCGUUUCCUUUCUAACGUUUUUCUUCAUUUUGUUUCUUGUUCACAGCCUCGGACCUGGACUGCAUCAGGGCACUGUUCAACGAGAAAGAGAAGGAGCUGUCUUUGGCGGUGGCGAAGGUCGAGGAGUUGACGCGGCAGCUGGAAGAGCUGCGAGGUCGGCAGAACGGGGCCGGGACCGGAAGCGGAGGUGGCGGAGCCGGAGGCGUCGGUGGCGGAGGCGUUGGCGGCGGCGGCGGUGGACAUUUGUCGACGCCGGCCAGCGCCGAGCUGGAAAAACUCAGGAGGGAGCUUAUGUACCGUAAUAAGAUGAACGAGCAGCAGAAUCAGAUGGUGUCACAACAACGGUUAGCCCUGGCGCAACGACAAGCGGAAAUGUCGUCGAUAGAUGCGAAGAUAGCUCAGCUUCAGGGUCGUCUUCAGCGUAAGAGAGCCCUGAAUCAACGGCUGAGCCAGCAGCUUGGCUCUGGGAACCGAACGAACGCGAACACCGGUUUCACGGAGUCGAAGCUGGACUUCAACGCCGGAGGGAAGUCCAGACCCGCUGGGAACAUCGCCGCCAUCGAACCGUACUCCCACAUACCGAACGACAACGAUUUUAAUUUGAACAAGAACGACCCCAAAUACCAGACACUGCCUUACAACACGAAAUUCACGGUGAACUUCAAAGCGGCGGAGGACGACGUCAACAAGAAUAAGAUUCAACAUUCGGCCAGCGCGUCACAGCUGGGUCAGAGAGCGGCUUUUCAACAGUUUGGUCAUCAAAUCGCUCACAGCCAGUCCCAGUCGCAUAUCCAAGGUCAGUCGCAAUUGCUAGGCACGAAUCAACAACAGCACAACCAGAACUUGUCUAACCAACCGGUGAACAUGCAACAAAUCUGCAACAACAACAACAACAACAACAACAACAACAACAACAACAAUAGCAACAGCAUGAACAACAAUUUGAUCGGCACGUCUCACAAUUUCAGUCCGGAUGGUCUGUCGCAGAAUCUUCGAAUUCAUCAGCAGCAACAACAGUCGCAGACACAGCAGCAACAACAACAGCAACAACAGCACGGGAAUAUUCAGCAGAAGCAACACAAUAUUGGUUCGUCGGCGUCGAACCUCGGCACGACGGUAUCUGUCACUCAAACUCAGAAUCACAGGAAUUUUCAAACGCAUCAGAAACCAGUGUCCAGCGUUGCGCCGAGUUUCUCCGUCAAGUCUCAGAUUUACCAGACUUCCUCCACGAAAAUUCACCCUGUGAUGCCGCAAACGUUGAGCCUGAUUGGCCGUGGACACAACAACGCGCAAAAUUUUGUCGGCUUGAGCACUCAGAAUGCCAACAGUCAACAACAGUCGAAUCAAUCUAUCGCCAGCAGCCAAACAGGAUCCAAUCAGGAUCAGACUUACACGUCGAGGCACAACUACCCCGUGAACCAGCACUCCACUCAAGCAAACACUCACGUGUCUUCGUCGUCGGUCUAUCAGACGCAAAACUCUCCCAAUCCUCCGUCGACUAUUCACACGUCGUCCAGUGGGACCAGUUUCGGGAAUUCGAUUCAGAGGUACAAUCAGACUCAGCCAUUGACCAGCCCUACAUCCAGCAACGAGCAGAACGACAAAAUGAAGUUCGAGCAAGGUAAAGGCCAAGAGAAGUUCGAACACAUGCUGCCGGUUAAACACGAACAGCAGAGGUACGAACCGAAUCAGGUGUUCAAGUACGAUUCUCAUCAGAUAAAAUACGACCAGCAUUCGAAAUACGAUCAGCAUCAGUCGACGAAACAACUGUACGAGCAGUCGAACAAGCACGAGCAGACCGGCAAUCAGACGAGCAAGUACGACAACGUGUCGAAGAUCGAGCAGGGAAAGUACGAACCUGUCCAGAAUAAACACGAGCAAAUUCACGGAACGAAGUACGAUCCUAAUCAGAAUACCCAGCAAUACGGCAAGCACGAUCAACACGAGGUGAGACCGUCGGUGGUCAAGUACGAGCACAAUGCAGGCUUCAAACACGAGUCGUCGAACAAAUACGAGAUCGGCGGGCAACAGUUCAAGCAGGAGCCGGUCAAAUUCGAGAACAAUCAGAUCAAAUUCGAACAGGGCUCCAUGGCGAAACACGAUCACAACGGGAAGUUUGAAAUGCCCGCGAAGACCGCGGAGAAAACGACGUUCGAGUUCGACAGGUUGAAGAACGAGAACGAGAGGAAGAGCAUGGGCGAGGACAAGACGAAACCGGCGCUACCUCCGAAACCGAGCAAACCGAAUCCUCCGCCACGGUUGACACAUCACGAAAAGAUUGAUAAUUCGAACGACGGUUCCAUCGGCGACUGCAAGAACAAUUUGGGAAUCAAUGCGAGAACGGAGAAAGAGGAGGACGUACCGCCGAUUCCUACGUCCGAGCCGCCCGAGUCCCCGACAGAGACGCAAUUUGCCAACCAUCAGAUCAUCAAAGCUAGGCCUCUGACUCUGAAGAAGGUGCCGGUCUCCGAACAGCCGAAACUCCGUUACGCCAAGUCGAAUGUUCACGUGUCGAUAAACCGGCGGAUUGAGAUGCCACCGGCGUUUCUGUUCCCGGAGACCGAGAUUCCAGCGGACUUGAUGCAAACGGAACAGCAGCAACAGCAACAGCAACAACAACAGCAGCAGCAGCAGCAGCAACAAUCGCAGCAGCAGCCACAGAUCAUCGACACGACGGACAAUUGUAAAAAGAUCAUCAACGAGGAUGUGAUUAGCAACGAGAAAUUGGAAGAAGCGGACAUCAUCGACGCGUUGAACGUCAUCAACAUCGAGGACAAGGCGAAGGCAAAGGACUCCGAAAGAAGGAACGAGCUGGAGGUUGAUGGGAAGAGCAACGAGGUGAUGAGGAGGAAGAAAGGGAAUCUCAAGUCGAGCACCGGCAAGGUGAACCUCUCGAGAAGGGUCUCGUUUGACCCUCUGGCACUUCUAUUGGACGCCAGCCUCGAAGGUGAAUUGGAACUGGUAAAGAAGACUGCUAAAGAGGUGGCGAAUCCUAGCUCGGCCAACGACGAAGGGAUCACCGCGCUUCACAACGCCAUUUGCGCCGGUCACCUGGAGAUCGUCAAGUUUCUCGUAGAAUUUGGUUGCGACGUGAACGCUCAGGACAGCGACGGAUGUCUCGCAUUUGUUCAAUCGAUCUUGCCCUAUCGCAGGACACCGUUGCACUGUGCUGCGAGCUGCAAUAAUUUGUCCAUGGUGAGAUUCCUGGUGGAGCAUGGAGCUUGUAUAUUCGCCACCACUCUCUCCGACCAUGAAACCGCAGCGGAAAAAUGCGAAGAGGACGAGGAGGGCUUCGACGGUUGCUCGGAAUACUUGUACAGUCAUUUCAAGUUUUAUACCCGCGCCGCAGGUGUCCAAGAGAAGCUCGGGAUAAUGAACAACGGUCAGGUGUACGCGGUGUUUGACUACGAGGCGCAACACAGCGACGAGCUUAGCCUGAAGAACGGUGAUUCCUUGGUUGUUCUUCGAAAGGGUGACGACAAUGAGAGGGAGUGGUGGUGGAGCAAACAGGGACACAAGGAAGGCUACGUACCUCGGAAUUUACUUGGCGUAAAUGAAGUCAGAUUUAUAUUGUUGCGUUCAUUGUUACGUUUUUUUAUUCGUCUGGUGGAAUUUUUCAAAUCCGACCGAGGCAAAUUCGGAUUUCGAAAAUGUUCCUAAAAGUGGUGUAUAA